UUCGACUAAUUCACCUAGUGAAUUCAAUUAUUAUUAUUUUUUUAUGAUAUAAUUAUAGUAUAUUUAAUUAAUAAAUUUAUUUUUUAUAGUUUCUUACAUCAGUAAUUUUUUAUAGUUUUAUACCUGUGUAUUUGGUGAAGAUGAUAUACAAUUAUAUUAAAAAAAUGUUUUAAUAUAGUUAAAAAUAAGUUUAUUUUUAAAACUUGCCUUAGGCCCUGAAACCCUUCGCACGGCACUACCGAUAAUGUUCUCAAUUGAAGUUCUUACUUGAUUUAUAUUAGUAUUUUAAUGAAGUUGGGUUUCUUGAUUAAAUUUAAAUAUUUUAUAAGAAUUAAACUACUUACAAAUUGAUAUUUGUGAAGAAAGGUUCUCAUAAAUAUUUAAAAUUAUAUCAUUUGAGAUACAUUGCACUUUCUCUCUUCUAUUUUCUCAUUUUUCUUUUCUUUUUUUUUGGGGUCAAACCUCCUUAUUCUAAAUUGGUAAGAUAUCCAUUAGACAUCUAUUCAAUUGACAUACUCUCAUAAAUAUUUUUCCAAAAAUUGGAAAAAUAAUUAUGAUGGAGGAAUUUGUUAUUGGCCAAGUCAACGUCAUACUUAACAUAUUUCCUCAUUCGAAUUUGGUGAUUGACUGCAAUAAAUAAAAAAAGACUUAAUUAAUAAGAAAAGCAGACACUAUAUAUUGAGAUUUGGGAUACCUACGUCUUAGUCUUUCUUCAAUCAAACUCUCCACUCUUUACCCCUUCAAUUCAAUAUCUAUAUCUCUCUCCCUCUCUCAAAUUUUCAACCUAUAUUCUCGAUUUCUUCUUCCUCAAUUCAUCGAUCACCCUCCUUCCCCGAUCACCGACGUUAUCGUGGGGUUUUCUUCUUCUCCUCUUCUAUUUUUCUUCUGCUAGACUUAAUGGAGGGAACUUCUAGUUGGAAGCCUAACGAACAAGGCGGAGACUCUCUUGCUAAUGAUUGGAGAUCGCAACAUGAGCCUGAUCUACGUAAGAAAGUUAUUGUAGCAAUAGUGGAGAGGUUGAAGAUAUGUCUUUCUAGACAGAUUACCGAUAGUAUUAACAAGACCGCUUGUACAUUUGAAGAAAAGAUUUAUGGCAUAGCCAAAGAUAAGGGUGAUUACUUGCGGAAAAUCCACGAAAAGAUACUUGCUUUCGAAAGAAGAAUCAGAACUGGUACUUCAGCCAAUGGAGCUAACACUCCAGAUCCAGCUCAAGCUUUGAAUCAAGGACAAUCACUUCCCACCUCGUUGACAUAUGCACAGACUCCAACAAGCCAACAAUGGUUAUCUCCAAGCAGCAUCCAGAGCAAGCUCAACAUUCCUGAAUCUUCUGGUUUGCCCACUCAGGCUCCUAUGACCGUUUCUGCGGCUCAGAAUCUAAACGUUCAAAUGGGUGAAAGAGUUGAAUCAAGUCUUGGUCCCGGUCCUCAAAGACAGAUUCAAGGAAGGCAACAGCUUCUUCAAAAGCCUCAACAGCAGCAACUGAGAUCCAACACCAUGUACCAGCAUCACGGGAAUCAGCAGCAGCAAAGUUUGUUGCCUCAUCAUAGAUCAUCGUCUCUUAUUAAGCAGUCUUUUCCUCAGUCUUCUGCUCUUUCUAGUCAUCAACAGAAGAUGGCUGUGCCGUCACAGGAACAUAAACAGCUAGAACGGAAGCAUCACAUUAGUCAAAUGAUGAAUGGUAAAGACACCCAGCUGAUUCAUCUAACAUCACCACAAAACAAUGGGGAGAAACAACGAACCUCCCAGCAGAACAAUAUGGCUAGCUUUAAUGUGCAUGGAUCAAGUUUGUUGGGUACUAAAGGCCAAGAGGUGGAGAAGUCUCAACCAUUGAUGCUGCAAAGGUUUCAGGAAGCAGGUUCUUUGCACCAAAGCCAGAACCUAGCAGACCAACAGAAACAGCCAUAUCAACUGCAGAAACCUACUUUUCAAGAUUCUACAAGCAAGACGUUAAACCCUAGUGGUGGUGACUGGCGAGAUGAGACCUAUCAGAAGAUAAAAGCUUUUAGGGAGAAGUAUAUACAUAUUCUGAGUGAAUUGUUCCAAAAACUAUCUUAUAAAUUGCAAGAGAUUGAUUCUCUUCCUCAACAGAACAUGAUGCCAUCUGAGCCGCGGGUUGAAAAUCUAAGGGCGGCCAGAGCGAAGUUGGGCCAAGUUCUUGUGUUCUUAAAUGUCAGUAGGAGCAGUGUAUCAGAGCAUCACAGAGAUAAGUUUAGUGCAUAUGGGUCACUUGCAUUGAAAUUCACCAAGCAUCAGAGGGAAAAGGAGCAGCAACAAGUGCAUCUCCCUCCUUCUCAGAUCAAUCAAACAUCAUUACAAUCCCAAAGUGGUCAAGUCCAUGCGUCGCAAACAGCAACGCCUAAUACCUCGCAGACAAGGCCUAGGAUAGAACCAAAAGAUGUGAACAAGGUUAUGUCCUCAUCAGGAAAUGUCGUGGUGCAUUCUCCUAAACAGAAUCCUCCAAGUAAUCAACGGGAGGCUGUACACUCUAAUAUCAGCCAGGAUCAGUCUAGUAUGUUUCAGAAGAAGCAGUUUCAUCAUCUCCCUAGGCAAGAACAGCUGUUGGAGAGGCAGAAGCAGCAACAACCGUCAGCUUCAUCCCCUCAGAUGCAGAAGAACUACUCUUCUCCUCAGUUAGUGGAGCAGCAGACUCUUCCUACACCAAUUAACAAAACACCAGCUCAGGAGCAUCCUCUGGUUACUCUUUCUUCUGAACCAAUCUCAGAGCGGCCUAUUGAUCGUCUGAUAAAAGCUAUUCAAUCAUCGUCACCAGAAUCUUUGGCACAAUCAGUAAGUGAGAUGAGCUCGGUCAUCAGCUUAACUGACAGGCUUGCUGGUUCAGUCCACACCAUUGGAGGAUCUAGAGCUCGUUUAGGGGGGGAUUUGAGUGAGAGGACACGGUUCCGUGUGCAACAAGGAGGUAGACAUCCUACCAAGAGAUUUAAGCGCUCACUCACCGCUAUGCCAUCACAAACUGAUAGCUACAAACGGCUCAGUGUUAACAAGAUUGAGCCUAGUUGUGCCCUAGUGCAAGAAAUCAUGGAAAUAAAUGGGAGAUUUGUAGAGACUGUGGUAAACAUAUGUAAUGAAGAUGUUUGUCCGAGUGAAGUUACUUCAGGAUUAACAGUCGUCACGUGCUCUUAUGUCCCUGUGGCUCUUAGUGCCACAUUCAAAGCUCUUUACAAUUCAGGACAUAUCGUAAGUCUCUCUGAACUUUGGUCUUGUCUGUCUUUUUCUCAAAUGCUUAUGUAUCCCAUGUUUGAUAUGCAGUCACAGAUUCAGCCCUUACGUUUACUAGUUCCAGAUAAUUACCCAUGUUCCCCAAUAAUUAUAGAGAAAAUCCUCUUUGACGGCGUCAGUGAUCACAAGUUUGAGGAUUUAUCGGCGAGAGCUAGAUCGAGGUUUAGUUUGUCUAUAAAGGAAGCAAUGUCACUUAAAGAAAUAGCUAAAGUUUGGGAUGAGUGUGCGAGGGCUACAAUGCUUGAGUACGCUGAACGGCAUGGUGGUGGCACUUUCAGCUCCAAGUACGGUCGUUGGGAGUCUGUUCUAAGAUCUUCAUGAGCUCUAAAUACUUUUUUUUCUAACUUACUCACCGCCCCGGAUAUUGCACAGAGGUGGAAACUUUAAAGUGUUAGGUUUUCUUAUUUGCCUUGCGGUAGAAAAAACAUCAGUUGUAAUUUGUAAAUGCAUAAUGUUUCCAUUAUCAUUUGUAAAUGCAUAAUGUUUCCAUAAA